UGUGGCCGGAGGCUGCGAGUGCGGUACUCGAGGACUUAACGUGCGAUCAAAGAGGAUGGUGGUGGAGCAGCUGGGAGGGUGGUAAAGGACAAAGUUUGGUGCGAGCGUGCAAGGCGGCCUGGGUGGCACCGCAGGCCCAGUAUGGCUUGGACCACAUCUGUUCUGUGUUCCUGUACUCUGCUGGUGUUCCAGGUGCUGGCAGUUGACCUUGGGUGGCACCACAGGCAGAGUCGCCACACACCACUGCAGCUAGAGGACUAUGGACUCCUGGAGUCCGUGGCACUGCUGGACCAGCAGCUGGACCCAGAGGCUCAGCUGUGGACCAGCCUGCUGGAGCCACUGCUGGUGUCGCGCUACGUCGGCACGCCGGCCCACGAGGACGUGCGGCAGCACCUUGUGAACGUGCUCACCGCCUUGGGCUGGACCGUGGACGGUAACCGGACGUUCACCAUGCGGACGCCGCUGGGGGAGAUGCCGUUCACCAACGUGGUGGCCACCCACGACCCGGCCGCGCCGCGCCGUCUGGUGCUGGCCUGCCACUACGACUCCAUCUAUGGACGGGACGCGUUUGUCGCCGCCACCGACUCGGCCGUACCGUGCGCCAUGAUGUUGUACCUGGCCUGUUUGAUGACCAGCCGGUACCUGGACCCCAUGAAGGGCCGGUCAGAGCUGACCCUGCAGCUGAUGUUCCUGGAUGGGGAGGAGGCGUUCGUGAGGUGGACGGACCAAGAUUCGAUCUACGGCGCGCGACAUCUGGCGCAGGAGCUGCAGCGGACCCCAUACCGGGGCACGGGGGGCGGCUCCAAUGCCUCCCUGACCGAACUGGACCGGAUCGACUGUUUCGUGCUGCUGGACCUGCUCGGCGCCGCCCGGCCGGCCAUCGCCAACUACCAGGCCGGCACGAAGGCCGAGUUUCGCCGGCUGGCGGCCAUCGAGCGGCAGCUGUCGAGCGCCGGCCUGCUGCCGCCCGACCUGCCGGCCGCCUUCCACUUCCACCAGAGCUGGAGCGGCUGGGGCGCGCCGCAAAUCAGCGACGACCACCUGCCCUUCCUGCGCAGAGGCGUGAAGGUGCUGCAUCUGAUUCCGCACCCGUUCCCGUCCGUGUGGCACAAGGAUGCCGACGACGCACGGGCCGUCCACUUCCCGACCGUCGCCGGGCUCAGCCGGACACUGCGCGUGUUCGUCAGCGAGCACCUCGGCCUCGCCGCCUACCUGUAGUACCCCGUCGGAGGCCGUACCUACGUUGCUGAUUCGCUGAGCUCUGCCGAACGUCCGUCCGCCAACCAAUCUGACGGCCGCUGCCGUCCAGCGGUCUCCGGCUGGCAGCCAAUGAGCGCCGUCCCGCGACCGCCGUCGCUGGCCUUCACCCGGCCGCCUUGCCUACACGGCUGAAGGAAACGCAUGGCGAUGUUUGUGGAGCUCCGAGCCGCUAGCGGCAGUUGGCUGAGUUCUGCUCUAUCCUCGUCCUCGUGCUGUGGAUCUGUUUGUGACGCAGGUGCGGGCCACCAAAUCGUGCAAUGUGAUAAGUGACGUGAUUUAGACGUUAAAUAGAUUUGACUAGGUGAUAACUCAUAGCUGGAACGGCCCGCCUAAGAUAAAGCCUUAUCUCACCGGCCGGGCUGUGGCAUACGUAGUAUUGUUAUAUAUAUAUAUAUAUAUAUAUAUAUAUAUAUAUAUAUAUAUAUAUAUGUGUGUGUGUGUGUGUGUAUAUCUAUCUAUAUAAAUCCUGUAUACUUAAAUGCGUGCACCUAAGAACUUCCGCUCGGGGCCUGCUCUCCCAAGAUACAAAGGUUGUUUGAACCGUAGCGCAUGGUUCUGCAAGUUCUUUUGGCAUUGGAACGCUUUGUGAAGUAGAAAACAUGGCUCUAGUAUGGGUUGAGACUUGACAGUUCCAAGCUUUAUUUUGCCCGUAUCAAGCUGCGUAGAUACUCGCCUCAAGCGAUUCGUUAGACUUAAUUUGUCUGGAAUUACCGUGCACUGCAGUGGGGAAGCUUUGAAACAUAACGAGUCACUUCCCAAUAGACGCGUCGAAAGGUGCGUUCAAUAUUUUUAAAGGUCUCAAACGCGGUCACAAGCGAUGUUGCGAAGUACAAUUUUACGCACAUACAUUUUCGAUAUGGAUACUGUAUUGCAUGAUUUGAGAGCCAGAGCCAGUGCAUUGUCGCGCAAAGACGGAGUGCCUACUUUUCACGAAAAUGUUCCAUGCUUGUCUUCGAGUAGGGAGUGUUAGAGGUGUCACUUCGUGAGCAAACAAUUGCUAACUGUGUAAUCAGCAAGCUCGUAGCCGGUGUGUUGGUAACUUGUUGAAUCGCUUGGUCCCAAAUGUCUUGCGGUUUCUGUUUUGCCAUGGGGGAAGGGACUUGAAUCGGUGCUGUCAUUGCAAUCUGAUGUACGUUUUCCGCGGAUUGCAGCGGGGGUACGGAUGUCGAAACUGCGUGAUGUCCACAAUGAUGAGCUGAGUUGCUCAAAUUGUGCGCCGUGGCCCCUCUGCCACCUCUGGGCUGCUCCAUUGCACUAUCCACACGUAGGCUCAGCCACCUCUGUGGUGUGCACCUCCGCAUUGUCCCGCACGCACGCCGGGUUAAUGUCUGCUCGGCAUGGAACACCAACGGAACGAGAGCCGCUGGUGGGCCUGGGUGGCACGCGGCCACGGAGCGCCAGCUGGCGUUAUAUCGGUCUGGGCUCCCAUCGCCCGCCAGCAUCUGUUGGGGCUUUCAAGGUAGCGACCAAAGUUUCGCGCGGUGAACGAGAAUCGCCAGCUUCGGCCGUGUUUCGUCGUCCCCGCGAUGGAAGCGGUCCCGGGUCACGUGCAACGCGCCCCUUCGCGGGAUUUCGGAAGUGUGUGCUGCUGUGCUCGCGCUGAAAUCGAUCAGCGCUGUCAGUGCGUUUCUGAUCGCUCCUUCCGACACGUCUCGGGGUCACUCGUUAUGGACAUCAUGCCGAAGUACUUAUCAGUUGUGCGAGAUCGUGCGUUGCUCGGGGAGGGCGGCACUUGUUCGCGUCUGGGGUCUGGCGGCGCCACGUCUGCUGUGUUGCACGGGUCACCGCCUGCCGCGUCACGUGACCUGGACGCCCGCCGCUCGCGCCCCCGCUCCCAGCGGCCGGCCGGGACGACGGGUCGUGUUGCUGGCGUUGCAGCACGUCCGGUGGGGUGGGGUGAGCUUUUGUACUAUGUGUCUUAGUCAGCAGCGGCGCAUUCCAGUCUCGAAAAACCUACGCCGGGAUGCAGGGAAUGAACUGGCCUUAUUUGGGUCGGUGGAAUAGGAACUAGCCACUGCGUUUUGAUGAGGUGUUGGUGGCAAUCUGGAUGGCUUGUAGUGUAAAAUAAAUGAU